AAAAACAGAAGAAUUUACAGAAGCUUAUCCUAUGGAUGUCUUGGCCGAGGAGCAGAUUUUACAUGCCGAGUUAGGUCGAGAUUUCAACAUUGACCGUGAGGCCAUAGAACAACUAGAGAGAUACCUGACUAGCAGUGAUGGAGGAAUAUGUCUACCAGAUGAAGUUAUCCCUGCAAUGGCAUACAGCAACACAGGACGUCCCCAAAUGUGUCAACAGCCACCAGACCUUUGCUACCCAAGUAAGACGGUCUCUUUGGCAACGCCCUGUACCACCUCCAAUGCAGUCAUGAAUGGUCACAUGCAUAACAUAAACUACUCAUGUCCUGCUGUCACAUCGAUGGAUGGACAAGGAGGAUAUGACAACCCAGCCAUGCACCCGUUACCAGAUAGUCCUCCAGACUCUGAACCCUACUCACCUCCUGAUGGACAUCGUAAUGCACAUGUGACAUCAUCAGAAAACAAGUUUGGAAUUGUAAACACAGUAAACACAAUGAACCAGCAUAUGUAUGGCCCCCCACACCACAGACCCCCAGGGAUAGCACCAGGAAUACCUCCAGGAAUGCCAUCAAAGAUGUCAUCAGGGUAUAAUGAACCACCUUCCCUGAACCACCUUCUCCCAGUCUCGCACGUACCACCCCCUGUCCCUCCGUCCACUGUUACCUGUGCCACGCCCGUGCCCUUGCCUACCUCGUCACAGAUGAACAACCCGCAGGUCCUCUCCCCGCCUAAUAUGAGCCCAAACAUGCAUGGAAAUGCAGCUGCUAAGAAGAGGAAAUACCCAGAAACUGCUGGUCCAAGUCUGACAAGUGCACUGUUCAACACUAGUAGAAACAACGGUGCGAUGAACAUAAAACAGGAACCAAAUGCUGUUCCAUCAUCUGCAUUUCCACCCUACAUGGUGCAGGACUUUGAUGAAGAUCAGUACAGUAACUGUUAUGACCCUGAAUCGGCCAAUGGUUACCUGGACAGCCAGUAUCAGGUGAUCAAAUGGCAACCUUACCAGCUACAGAAAUGGAAUGUCCUUACAGACUCCAACCUCAAAGACCUGCCAACCCCACAGUACAGAGUAGACUCAGACAAAGGGUUUAACUUCUCGGUGUCGGACGACGCAUUUGUCUGCCAGAAAAAGAAUCACUUCCAGGUCACAGUUCACAUCGGGAUAAGUGCCGACCCUAAAUAUGUUCGCACUUCAGAAGGAGUGAAGAAAAUUGAUGGAUUUUGGCUUCACUUUCACGGAGUGAAGCUGGAGUCUCCUAACCAACUAAUAAAGAUUGAGCAGUCACAGUCAGAUCGCACCAAAAAGAUGUUCCAUCCCGUCAAGGUAGACUUGCUCCCAGAUCAGACAAACAAAGUCACGGUGGGUCGGCUCCAUUUCAGCGAGACAACAUCCAACAACAUGAGGAAGAAAGGUCGGCCAAACCCCGACCAACGCUACUUUCAACUUGCUGUGUCACUCUGUGCACACAGUGGUGAAAACAGUUAUAUGGUGUCUUCUAGUGCAUCAGAACGACUUAUUGUUAGGGCCUCCAAUCCUGGCCAGUUUGACAGCGAUGUUGAUGUGUUAUGGCAGAAAGCACAAACCCCUAAUGGAGUUUACCAUGAGGGUAGGGUUGGAAUUAACACUGACCACUUAGAUGAGGCACUGACUGUUAACGGCAAUAUAAAACUGAACGGUCGUAUUCUCCAGCCUUCAGAUAUCAGAGCUAAAGAAGAACUUAAGGAGGUGGACUCAAAGGACCAGUUGAAGAAGGUAUCCCAAAUGAAGAUUUACCAGUACAAGUAUAGCACAGAUUUCGCAGAGAGUGCGGGACUCCCUGAGGACAAGCGCGGAGAUACUGGGGUUAUAGCACAGGAAGUGCGAGAAGUCCUACCUGAUGCUGUUAUGGAAACAGGCGAUGUCCUUCUACCAGGGGGUCAGAAAAUAAGAAAUCUGCUCGUCGUGAAUAAGGAAAGAAUAUUUAUGGAAAAUGUUGGAGCUGUGAAAGAACUUUGUAAAUUAACUGACAAUCUUGAAGUCAGAAUUGACGAGCUUGAGAAAAUGAACACCAAGUUGUCAAAACUAAAACGUUUUGAUAGCAUCAAAUCAACAGUUAGUACUAAGUCCAACUGUAGUGUUAGUACAAUUAGUUCAAUGCCAAAGAGAACAUCACCAAACCAUAAGCAUCGUUCACGUUCUGUCCCCUAUAAGGAGCACAAGUCAACAUCUGGGACCCCAGGACCAACCACCACCUCAACUGAUAGCCAAGGAUGGUGUAGUAAUCGAUUUAUUCAACUCACCAUCAUCACACUGAUACUCAUAAUGGCCUUUUGCCUUAUUGCCAUCACCAUACUCUAUAUAAUGGAGCGGAACAAAGAGACCGUCACCAACAAUCCUAACUACAUCCUGGCUGCCACUCCAAACGCUGGCCCGUCACAACCAAUCAGCGGGAAAAAUGCGUCCAAUCAUGUUCCACUCGUAGCCAAUACUACACCUGUGUUACCUGUCACAACAGAGUCCGUAGUGGUAACGACCAGUACGGUUACACCUGCCAUCACAAGAUCACCCCAGCUGAUCAUUCCACCCUAUCCACCAUGUGACCCAAACACCACCUGUAAUGAGCGCCAGUGUUGUCCUCCACCUGAACAACAUGACCAGGAAGGGCCACUGUAUGCACCCUGGAGGAACAGCAACAGAAACACUGUUGAAAACGAGGAUGUCCCUGUAACCGAUGUCCUUCCUUCACCAGUUGAUAACGAUACACAAAGGAACACAGGAGGAUACCACGUAAUUACUGCCAGUCCGGGAACAUCUCGUGCUUCACCUCAGACUGGUAAUGCCUUACCUCGCGUCAACACUGUACCAGUGACGGUGAAGCCUGAAGAUCAAGAACCAAAUGUAAUUGUCAACAGCAUUGAUGACUCCAACACAGACACCCAAGGAUACAAUUAUAAUAAUGGGGACACAAAUAGCAAUGAGGUCAAAGUGUCACACCGACGCAAGCGUUUCGUCACAGCAGAUCAGCUGAAGGCAAGAGUUUUCUUAAAAGAGCUCGACUUCGAGUUUGACUCAAAAUUUUGCAGCAACUGCACAAGUACCAACAAGACAUACCUACUGAGAUUGAGCCAGUACUUUGAAUUCCAGCCUGUAACCAUUAAGUUCAACCUGGAAGCAGAUAUGGCUGUUUCUAUGUGUUUCAAUGAUUCAGAUAUAAGCUGCCUUAUCAAUCCUAUUCAAAUGGAGAUUCAACAUGAAUCAGAGAAUGAGUGGAAGAUGCCUAUUGGAGUCUACUUCUUCAGUACCUUCAAAUUCAGGGUUACAGCACGGGACCAGAAUGCACCAUGUUCUCUGCUUCCAGAGGAUACAGCCAAUCCCUUUGUAGAGUACAAUCUUCAUUUCAAGAGAAGUUGUGAUGACCGAUGAACAGAAGUGAAGUAUUGAUGUAUUCUAGGAGUCAAGUCUGAUGUAGUUUUUACAUCAUUGUGGUGACAGAGAGAGAUAAUUGUAUCACACUGCACUGACCUCUUCCAUUACACUUCAAGAUUGACACACAUCAGUGAAAUUUCUUUGAUGACAACACACAAAAAUUGUGACUAUUGCUACAGUGUUGUCAGUCUAGUCCACAACUUAGUGUAAUUAGAUUGCCCAAGACAUGUGAGAGGUCAUUAAGUGCAGCAGUAAGGCAGCCUAUAGACUUUGUAAGGGGGGAUAACUCAUCAACUCUGUAUAUGUUAAAUGCCUGAUAGUUAUUGUAGAUUAUGUAUAUCAUUGCAAAUCAUUUACAGAAUAAUUCAUAAGCAUCUGUUCACAGAUGGCAUUCUAGGGGCCUUUAAAACAACAAGAUAAGUACCAUUUAAUUACCAGAUGAUUCAAUUGUUCUCAUGGUGUUUUGUAAGUCUUACAUGAUAUAGAGCAAACAUUUGUUGGUUUUUUUCUUUCAAGUAAUUAUGAUAAAAUAUGGUGAGAAAUUGUAGUGUGCUUAUCAUAAUUUCAGGUACAAAUGUUGCAUUUCAUGAAUCAACUGUAAUAUCAUCUGUUUAUUUCUAUUAUGUAAGGACAGUGUGAUUGACAAGUACGUGCCAUGUUGAUGUCUUCUGUCAAAUAUUCAACUCAAAAUUUAUUUUGCUAUGAUUAUCAUAUACAGAUGUUUUUGUCCUUAUAUCUAUUUUUGUAUUGUGAAUCUGUUUGUUUAUAUGUAUUAAACUCAUCAAGAGGCAAAAUAGAAAAAAAAAACAAAAAACAAAAAUAUAAAAAGAAUAUGAGACAUUUUGAGGUAUUGAAGUUUGUCUGGUUGUCCAGUUGGUAAGAAUGCCAGGGAAUGGUGCUCUCUGGGUGACAGUAAUAUUUCAAUAGAUGUGAGAAAUGAAUUAUGUUUUCCUUAUGUAGUUGCUCCUUUUUUUUCAAUUUGAGAUUAUUUCAAAGAUAAAAUAAACGUUUUUGAGAUUUUAAUCAAAUAUCUAAGUGAACUAUGCCUUACAUUUUAUUGAUGUAAGAAAAUAUGUUAAAAUGAAUUGUAGACUUGUCGUAUUUCAGGAAGUAACUAGGAUAACAAAGUUAUUUUCUGUAUUUAAAUUUUCGUCAGAGAAGGACACAAAGUGAGAAUUAUACCUAAACAUUCCAACUGUACAUCAAGUACAGAAAAGUCCUAUAUUUUUGUGAGACUCAAUUGUCAUGGUUUUACAAAAGUUUUCAUUAACACUUAUUUUUGUGGAUAAAUCUCAGUCUAGAAAUCCACUAGUACUAUGAUUCUGGUCAGUGUUGAUCUGUUCAUCGUUACAUGGACAUAUAACUUGGUGGAUUGGGAAUAACUACAUAUUCAACUAUUAGAAGCUCUAAGCUUGUUUCCCCGUUCCAUACCUGUUGUAUGUAUUUGUUUAAUUGUUGAAUAGUGAAUAAAGAUAUUGCUAAAACUAAUACAUAUUCCAUGAAAAUAAAAUCUUGACAAAAAUUAAUGAUAUUGUGGUAUUACAAACUUCAGCAAUAAAGGAUACUUGAUGCACUGAUGAUAUCUAUAAACAGGAAUGGUACUUAACAUGGCCAAAUACUUACAUCAUUAUCGUAUUUUGUUUUGGUCAAGUUGAAAAUGCCUACUUUGUUAUUAUUUUUAUGAGAUUUAUAUUGUUCAGUCUGUAAAUAUCCCAGAAUACUUACAUUUAAUAUAUUCAUAUAUAUGUCAGUGCAGCAGAUAUGUAUUCUAUUGUUUAAGUUUUUCUUUGUUUCGUAAGUGUUUUAUGCAUAUGCUCAUCAUUGAUAACUUGCAUAAGGUCAGAGUUCAGAAGUCACAGGUCAAACUUGACCUUAUUCAAAAGAACUUAUACAAGGGGCAUAACAUCAAAUUCAUGGGUCAUGAUUCGGACAAAAUAAUAAACAAAACUGUGAUUAGUUCUGGAUUUAGUAUAAUGGAAGUUUAACAACAAUAGCUGUCUUUCAAAGUUAGUUAUCUCCAUUUUGCUUGCCCUACUUUGAGUGUUAAAUAAACAAGCAGCUAAUAACAGUUACAAUCAUAUUCAGAUUAUAAUUGUGACAUCACAAAAUCAAGUAAAGAUUGUACAUGCAAAUAGAAGUACUGUGGAAAUAUUUUAUAGUUCAGGACAGAAUCACAACCAUUCAAUCAUUAAAUGAGUCUGUCUUUGCUGUGAUUCCUAGGGAAAACUUCACAAUUUCUAUUUUUGCCUUGAUUUUAUUGGCGUUAAACUAAUCCAACCUGUAUGUUCGAUGGUAGAUCACUCUGGCCACGCUUAUUGAUAUUAUUACUGGCAAUAAGCCCACUCAUUGAUUCAGAAUUUUUGUGUCGGGCCCCUGGACUUAUUUUGCAGGAUGACUUUGUUACUAAUCCUUAGACUAACUUUUUCAGAGCUAUGCAAACAGAAAGACAGUUGAGUGUUGUAAAUGGAGUUAGAGAAUCUGGUAUUAGAAGUAACCUGGAAAGCAGUUGUUUGUGUUGUUUGCUCAGGUGGACUAACAAUUCCAUAGAGUGAUAUUCUCUUUUAGAGAGCCUAAUUUCACGAGAAUUUGUUGAUUAAUCUUUGGUGGAAAGAUACUUAAUUUAAUUGUGUAUAUCAAAACUCCAUGUGUUCCUGCACAAAAUAAUUCAUUUUUAAAUAUGAAAAUUGAGUUUUAAUAGAAAAUUGAAUUUUAAUGAAAUUCAUUUCAAAUUUCAUAAUCUUGCAUUUUCAAUUUUCAUAAUCAUUUUCAUUGAAAUGAUUUUGAACUACAUGAAACACAUUAGAAUCAAUCUAUAUUGUACAUGGAUCAAUUUCAGAGUGCAUCUUUUUUGCAAUAAAAGCAUACUUUCUGUUCAUAUUUUCAUUCACAGAUGUUAGUGCAAAAUUUGCAUAAUGCUUUAGCCAUAUAUUGAUACUCAAAACCGACCAAAGAGAUUCUCAUUUGUAAGAAAUUCUAUUACAUGGUACAACAUAAUAAACUUCAGAGUCAAACCUGAUAUUUCAUUUUUUUAUCUAUGCUUAUGGCCUACUCAUCUUUUAUAUUGUCUAUAACCUGUUUUAUCAUAGAACUAUGCUGUAUUUUUUCAGUAUUGUAUGUGGUUUUCACUUUUAAUUUUUGUAUUUCUGUUAAGCAUAAGAUCAAAUUGUCAGGAAUUUCAUUGGAAAUUAAAUAAAGUCAUAUCUGUUAUAGAAGUAAUGUCCUAACUAUAGUAUUCCAGUAUCUACACCUUUAUCAUCAUCGCCAUCUUCAUCAUCAACUCAUUUUGAAAUCAUUUCACUCUAAUUUAUGAAAGGAUUUUGUGUGAUUAAUGUAUAUUUUAGUGAAAUAAAAGAGUGACUGAAGUUUGUGUC